AUGGAGCCCCCUGACAGCGCGGUCACUCUGUACGGAGAGUUCACAUCCACCGGGAACAGGAGAGUGCGCUACGCCGUGAGUUUGACAGAUGAGGAGCUGAUCUUCCAGAGACUCACAUCCUCCUCCACGGUCCAGCGGAACAAGACGCGUCUGAGCCUGCGGGACUGUGUGGGCUCCCGGGCGCACAGUGGAGAGGAUGAGUCGGACCACGCUGCGUACUUCACCGCGUACUUCUACCCGCUCAGGAGGCGCUGGAUGAGCCCCGGGACCUGCAGGCAGCGGGUGGAGCAGAGUUUCCGCCUCGCCGCGCUCCAAGACCCGAGCUACAACCUGGAGGAGGCAGAGAAGUGGGCCCGGGAGGUGAGGGAGAGGUCCGCCCGGCUACACGCGCCCAGAGACGAGCUGGUCCUGAAGGAGCCGGCCCAUCGCCGGGUGAUGCUCCUGGUGAAUCCCCAGAGCGGGCGUGGCCAAGCACUGUCCCUGUACAACAGCCACAUCCAGAGAAUGCUCCAGGAGGCGGGGGUCGCACACUCACUCGUCAUCACUGAGCGGCAGAACCACGCCCGCGAGCUGGUGCGAGAGAUGAGUCUGGUGCAGUGGGACGCUCUGGCCAUUAUGUCGGGGGAUGGAAUCCUGUUUGAGGUGAUCAAUGGGCUGCUGGAGCGCCCUGACUGGGAGCAGGCCAUCCGGACACCGCUGGCCAUUCUCCCCGGAGGCUCUGGAAACGCCCUGGCAGCCUCAGUGCAUCACUACAGCGGGUCCACACCAGUGUCCAGUGAGGAGCUGCUCCUCAGCUGUGGCUUCCUUCUGUGCAAAGGUCUGGUGUCUCGGAUGGAUCUGGUCUCCAUCCACCUCUCGUCCGGCGCCCGUGUCUUCUCCUUCCUGUCUCUGGCCUGGGGCUUUGUGGCAGACGUGGAUAUCGAGAGUGAGAAGUACCGGCACGUGGGAGCAGCUCGCUUCACUGUGGGGACUCUGGUGAGAAUCGCCUCUCUGCGGACGUACCGUGGACGGCUGGCUUACCUCCCCGCUGCUCUGGACAACUGCAAUGACCAAAACAACUUGCAGACGUCUUGGCCUGUUUCCAAUCUCUACAGCUUUAAAAACGGCUGUUCGAUUUCUGAACUAAACUCGUGUCACUCUAACAACUCUAACAACAGGGAAGAAAAUAUAAGACACUCCAAUCUAAGUGGUCCUGGCCCCACGGACUCUCUGCUGCCCCCUCUGGACCAGCCCGUCUCUAGUAACUGGGUGGUUGUUCCGGAGGAAGAGUUCGUCCUAAUGUUGGCUAUGUACCAGUCCCAUUUGGCCGAGGAUUUGUUCGCUGCACCAGACUCCACUCUAGAAGACGGCCUCAUUCAUCUCACCUACGUCAAAGCUGGAAUAUCCCGCACAGCCCUCCUCAGACUGUUCCUCAGUAUGGAAAAAGGGGCACAUUUGACCAGUAACUGCCCACAUCUGUUCCACACUAAAGUACGGGCCCUGAGGCUGGAGCCACAGUCGCCCAAAGGCAUCAUUACUGUGGACGGGGAGGCGGUGGAGUACGGGCCGGUGCAGGCCGAGGUGCACAGGGGGCUGGCCCGGCUCAUAACGGGGUGA